GACAGAGAGAUUCACACAGAGGACAUUCAGCAUAAAGAAGACUGAACUCAACUCACAAUGAAGAUCCUCCUCGUCUUCUUCACUUUCUCCCUGAUCUCAGGUGCAGUGAGAUGCUUUACCGUCACUGGAUAUUCUGGAGGAAGUCUUCUGGUUGAUUCUGGGAAACUUUGGUUCAGCGCAAAUACUAAAAGCUUUAAUAAAUUACCUGAGUGGAGAAGUAUAUUGAGUGAUAUGAAACAUGAUAAAUGGAUCAAUAAUGGAAAAUUCACAUUGUUUAGAAAUAAGGAGGGAAACCUUAUGAUCUACAUCAGAGGUUUAAAUGAACAUGACGCUGGCGGAUACUGGAUUGGUGUUCUUUAUAAGUGGGGUAUAGAUAUGACUUUACACGUGGAAGAAGAUUCAUGUUGUAAAGGCUCCAAGAGAGUGAUGGUGAAUAUUGGAGAAACUGCAUCCUUCAGCUGUGAAUAUUCACAGAAUCAUAUUAAUGAUGACAAGAUCAUAUUCAAAGAAGGAGAAGACUCUAUUGAGACGAUUUACAGCACCUCGAAGAAGACCGAAAGAUUCAGUGUUUCUGACGACAGACAUAAAAAUCUCUUCAGUGUGAGAAUUACUGCAGUGACUCCAGAUGAUGGAGGAGUUUAUUUAUGUGGAGUUUCAGUCUACAGUCACUCGUACAGUUACUACAUUAUUAAUACUGUUCAUCUGCAUAUUGGUACUAAAGUGGGUGUGUCUAGAGCGACUGGCCACUCAGGAGGCCGUAUGAUGAUCAAGUGUGAACAUCCUCAACACAAAACCAAGCCAAAAUACAUCUGUAGAGAAUCAGACAGAUGUUCAGAGAGGAAGAAUCCAGGAGUUCAGGAUGAAUGGGUGGAGAAUGGAGAUGUUUCUUUAUAUGACGACACCAGAGCAGGAGUCUUGAUGGUGUUUUUUAGAGAGCUGAAAACUGCAGAUGCAGGAACAUACAGAUGUGGAGUGAAUGAGUCUCACUAUACUGAGAGCUUCACUGAACUACAGCUGGACGUCAGAGACGAUGUAACGUUUGUGACUGAAUCUGCUCAUCUUGGUGAAGAAGUCAACAUCACCUGUCAGAUCCCAGAGGAUCAUAGAGUUCAUUUCUGUAGAGAGAUUGAUGAUCACAUCUGUCAAAACAUCAGCACAUCUGCAGUGACAGAAAUGAGUCCUUCAUCUGAGAGAAAUGAAGAGAGAGUUUUUACAGUGAGCAUCAGUAAUGUGAGUGUGAGAGAUGCUGGAGUUUACUGGUGUGGAGCCGAAACCAGAGACACACAUCUGACUUUCAUCUCCCUGACCACCAAGAUUCAGCUCCACCUCUUCACUAAAGUGGGCGUGUCUAGAGCGACUGGCCACUCAGGAGGUCGUAUGAUGAUCAAGUGUGAACAUCCUCAACACAAAACCAAGCCAAAAUACAUCUGUAGAGAAUCAGACGGAUGUUCAGAGAGGAAGAAUCCAGGAGUUCAGGAUGAAUGGGUGGAGAAUGGAGAUGUUUCUUUAUAUGACGACACCAGAGCAGGAGUCUUGAUGGUGUUUUUUAGAGAGCUGAAAACUGCAGAUGCAGGAACAUACAGAUGUGGAGUGAAAGUGUCUCACUAUACUGAGAGCUUCACUGAACUACAGCUGGACGUCAGAGACGAUGUAACGUUUGUGUCUGAAUCUGCUCAUCUUGGUGAAGAAGUCAACAUCACCUGUCAGAUCCCAGAGGAACAUAGAGUUCAUUUCUGUAGAGAGAUUGAUGAUCACAUCUGUCAAAACAUCAGCACAUCUGCAGUGACAGAAAUGAGUCCUUCAUCUGAGAGAAAUGAAGAGAGAGUUUUUACAGUGAGCAUCAGUAAUGUGAGUGUGAGAGAUGCUGGAGUUUACUGGUGUGGAGCCGAAACCAGAGACACAAAUCUGACUUUCAUCUCCCUGACCACCAAGAUUCAGCUCCACCUCUUCAUGGCUCCAGUAGUGAGACGUGAAGGAGAAUCUGCUGAGAUCUUCUGCCCUUAUGAUUCAACCUUUAAGUCAAAGUCUCUCUGUAAGGGGAAGUGCUCCACUAGAGAUAGAAACACUCUCAAUGAGACUGUGAGAAAAGAGACUGACAGAUUGACUCUGAAUGAUGACGUCACUGCUGGUGUCUUCACUGGGACCAUCACUGGACUGAGAGCAGAGGAUGCUGGGAAAUACUGGUGUGCAGUGACAUUAGAGAGAGACGUGAAUUAUCUUUACACUCAUCUGAUCGUCAUCAUGAACGAGGAGCUGAACUUGACUAAGUAUGAAGGAGACGACGUGUCAGUCCAGUGCAAACAUCAUGAUGGACAUCAGAAAUGCUUCUGCAAAGCACACGAACCCUCCGUGUGUGUGAAGGAUGGAGAUUCAUUGGAGAAGAUCAGAGAUGAUCGAUUCUCUUUCAGUGAUGAAGCUUCUACUGGAGUCUUUACUGUAAACAUAACUGAUCUGAGAGAAGAGGAUUCUGGGAUAUACUGGUGUGGAGCUCACAUCACCACUAAAGUCAAUCUAGAAGUCAAGAAGAAUAUUUCUGACAGAAUCAUCAUCUCUUGCGUUUGUGUGUCUUUUCUGCUGAUCGGAGCGUCAGUCUUGUUAUUAUAUAAAUUAAGAUGCAUCAAGACUGGAGAUCAGCACUCUUCCACGGACGAGACAGAGAUGAGCAGUGGAAAGGCGCCUCAGGCUGUGUGUGUCUAUGAGAAUAUCAGAGACGUCAGACAGCGCUCAGUCUCAGGAACUGGGGACGAUGUGUUAUAUUCCAACGCUAAACUUUCCACAGACAUUUCUGAUCCAAACCACACGCUAUAUUCCACAUUAGAGUUACCCACAAUCCCCUCUGAUGGGAUCCUGUACGCGUCUGUGCGUUUCCACAAGCACAAAGAGUCUGUCAGGGACGCUAAAGUCGUGUUCAAUAACGAGGAGAUUUACAGCACGGUCAGUCCCUGCAACAGACUCAACUAGUUCAGUGAGAUUAUAACUGGACUGUGUCGCUCUUUAUGGUCAUUAUUACAGAGACACAUUAUUUAAUGUGUACAGUGACUCCCAAAAUGAUGUUGGCACUUAACUAUGAUUGCCAAUUCACAUAGCAAAUGUUAAAUCAAUAGCCAUUUAUUGUAAAGAAAGACAGCACAUGCCCAAUUUACAAUCAAAACAAGAAGUAUUGUGUGAGUUUGUGAUUCGUGGAAUAUGUUCACAGUAAUGAAUAUGUUCAACUUAAUGAGCUACGCUUGCGAUUACUCAUGGGAAGUUAUUUGUGAGGAUCACUCAAGUAGCAUUUGUUUGAAUGUAACGUUUGAUCUGCACUGUGUUUACUGUCGGACAUUCAUCGAUUUACUAUAGUUAGUCAUUUUGACCAUACACUGUAAAAAAAUAUUGAUGUUUUAACUUAAAAAAGUAAGUAACCUGGUUGCCUUGAAUUUUUAAGUUC